AUGUUGCGAUCCCAGCCCUACUCCUGGCCGUGCGGCGGCCCGCUCGACGCCUCUACGACGGCGCUGGUCCUCAUCGACAUGCAGCACGACUUCUGCGGCAAGGGAGGCUACGUCGACCGAAUGGGCUACGAUAUCUCCGCCACGCGUGCUCCCAUCAAGCCGUUACAGCGCGUGCUGGCGGCGGCUCGUGCCGCGGGCGUGCGCGUCAUCCACACGCGAGAGGGCCAUCGGCCGAGUCUGGCUGACCUCCCGCAGAACAAGCGGCUGCGGUCGACAGCGAUCGGCACCGAGAUCGGGCAGCCCGGGCCGUGCGGUCGGGUGCUGGUGCGCGGCGAGCCGGGCUGGGAGCUGAUCGACGAGCUCAGGCCGCUGCCGAGCGAGGAUAUCAUCGACAAGCCCGGCAAGGGCUCCUUCUUUGCCACCGACCUCGAGCACCUGCUGCGCACGACAGGCGCCGGGCCUAGGGGGCAUUGCCGGCUGCUGCUCGGCGGCAUCACGACGGACGUGUGCGUGCACACCACGAUGCGCGAGGCAAACGACCCGCGGCUUUGA